AAAAAUGCGAGAUUAUCGGGUACAUUCAAAUGACUUUCGAAUUCUCGAUUAUAAAGUCGGUAAGGAAUUCGACCCUUUGUAAUCUUCAUUGUCAUCGAGGCCAAAAGUCAAAUCACCGUCGUCGUGUGUUUACAUCCUCUCGCGCGACAUCGAUUCUUUACAUAUAAAAUUUCGGAGUCGCAGAAAUCAAAAAAUCCCUAGUCGACGUCGUCGUCAUCGUCGCGCUAAAAAAGUACGCACGCGUGCGAAUCUUCAUCCGCAAGGUCGCCGAAAUCCCCAUACAUAUGACGCGCGAGCGCCCGCGAAACCUUCUCGAAGUGUCCCGAUUUUUCCGAGCUCUCUAGCUCUCGCCAGAAAGUGCUAUAUAAACGUAGUAUAGGUAGCAGCAGUACCAUAGCUCAUCGCAUUCGCUCCGCGCUGAUGUAGUGCACAAAUACACUGACGCAAUACCUUAACCUAGAGUCAAAAGCAUAGAGAGAGACAGAGCUCAAUUUGGCGUCCGCUAUAUAUUGCGCGAUUAUCGUAAAUAAUCUGCACUCUGCAGCUGAGAAAAGUCGACUACUACUACUACUACGGAACUUCAUAAGAAGCGCCAAUACUACUCUACAGCUUGUUCCAAAUUUGGUCGAAGAAGUCGAGCGUGCGUCGUGUGAGUGUGUAUAAGAGUCAUACGCACUUGGGUGCACUCGUAUACACAUAUUUUUAAAACAGUACGUUUUCGAGCGAGACGAGAUCCUCAUCAUCCGACAUGGACAAAGAUCAGAAGAAAAGCCAAGAAGCUCCCAACAGCAGUGUGGCUAGACCACUGUCAAUAGAAGCACCUUCUCAGUCUUCUCAGCAGCCAGAAGUCAUGCCCAAUCAACCGAGACAGCCCAGAGACCUGCAGGGUCUGCUGAGGUUUGCCAUGGAGGCAACCAAGUCAGAGGACGCACCUCAUCAGUCACACUUCCAACCCAUGGAUGAGGAGAGAAAGAAGUUCCUUGAGGAAACUCUCACAUCGAUGACUGUGAAUGUGAUACAGGAAAUACAAAAUUAUGUAAAACUUUUGCAAAAUGUAUAUAAUCUCUCUGACGAAGAUGAUCCUUCACAAUAUGAGGCAGCCUUAGACAGAAUCACAGAAUAUUGUGAUAACACAGAUACCGCUAAUGAUUUCUACAAAAUUGGUGGUUUCUCUAUAUUUGCUGGAUGUUUUAAUUCUCCCCACAGUGGAAUCAGAGCUAAAGCGGCCAAUCUCAUAGCUGAAAUAACUCAAAAUAAUCCUUACUGUCAAGACAAAAUAAUGGAAGCUGGAUAUAUUCCAAUUCUUCUUGGAAUGGUGGAUAAUGAUCCUUCAGAUAUAGUUAGGGUUAAAUCGUUGUACGCAAUUUCUUGUAUCAUCAGAGGACACUCUGUAGGGCUAAUGCAUAUGGAAAUCAAUGAUGGAUACUCAGUUCUCAUCAGAGCUUUGCAAAGUCCUAUUGAAAAGUUACAAAUUAAGUCAGCAUUUUUAUUGUCGUCAUUGUGCACCAAGGACAAACAGACAGACUUAAGAUUAACAUUUAUUAAAAUGGGUCUAAUUGAACAAGCAGCUGGUCUGCUUGCUAUGAGUAGUUUACUUCCAGAAACAAGGGAACAACUACUAAGUGUAAUUCAUGGUUUGACCAGUGAUAAUUAUUAUCCAGCAUUAAAAGAGUGCCGCAGACCUGAAUUAUGUUUAAAACAAACUUUAGACAGGCAUUUGAGGGAAUCAAGAGAAGAACAAGACGUAGACAGAGAACAAAUGUGCAAAGAAAUUUUAGACAAAGUUUUUGCUGACCAAGGUGAUGAUCAAGAAAGAUAAAAAACAUCUACAAAUAUAAUAGUUAAAUUGUUAAACUUUUAUUUCACAAAAGAGUCUGUUUUAACUAAAUUUUUUUAAGUUUUGAUUAGAAGAUUAUAUUGUUUUU